AAAAAGAACUAGCCCUUAGUGCGUAAAAAUAGGUUCUUCCUUACCAGUCUCUGCCGUUGGAUCUGUGAGUUAAACACUGCCAAAGCACAGAAAAGCCAUCAAAUCAAAUCAAAUCAAAGCAUCCAUUUUUCCGCCAAAUACAAACUCCUCCUUUCUAUAAACCACUGAACAAAUACAUAUAUUGUGUUUGAUCAUUCCUUUUUCAGUACACACAUAAAAGGAAGUUAGGGUUGUGAUCAUGGCUGAAGCAGGGAGUCCAGGAGGAGGGCAGGACAGUGGUGGGAGUCCACAGUCCAACUUGAGAGAACAGGACAGGUAUUUACCCAUAGCUAAUAUUGGACGCAUUAUGAAGAAAGCAUUACCUGCUAAUGGAAAGAUCGCUAAAGACUCUAAAGAUACUGUUCAAGAAUGUGUUUCUGAAUUCAUCAGUUUCAUCACUAGCGAAGCUAGUGACAAGUGUCAAAAAGAGAAGAGAAAGACGAUCAAUGGAGAGGAUUUACUAUCCGCCCUGGCUACCUUAGGAUUUGAGGACUACGUUGACCCGCUCAAGGUCUAUUUGACUAGGUACAGAGAGGGAGAUGCCAAGGGAUCUGCAAGGGUUGGAGAUGCAUCUGUUAGAAAAGAUAUAGCUGGAAGUCAGCUUGGGCCGAAUACUCAGUUUGUCUAUGACGGUUCUUUUGCACAAGGCUUAGACUAUGGAAAUUCCCAAAUAUGAAUUUUAACCUUCAGAACUCGGGGAUGACGUGGCCGCCGUUCUACCCUCACUUAAAUAUUGGACUUAGUUCGCUCAGCACAAGGUUCGAACUUGUGACCUAAGACAUAAGUCCCUCAACCUUUGCUAAUUGAGCUACCCCCGGUGGCAGAAACUUAACAACUCCUAUUAUUUCUGUUAUCCUUUGAAAUUUACUGGACAUCGAGAGAUGAAGGUGAAAUAAAAGAGCUAGUUGAAGGUAAAUACAGAUUCUUCAUGGUAUUCCUUGAGGGGUCGUUUGGUUGCUUGUUAGGAAGUGAACUAUUUAUGUAUUAAAAUCAGCAUAACUACUACAUGUUUGGUAGCAUUUUAGUUGCUAUGUAUGAAAUUCAGUGCAUCAUGUACGGUGCUUGGUUACCAGUUUAUAAUCCCGCAUAACUAAAACGUAUAUAGGUUAUGAGUAAAUUUAUGUAUCGCUUUAUGCAGGGUAGAAGAUGGAAUAACUAAUACAUGAAUUAGUAAUACAUGAUAACUAAACCCUGCAUUACUGAAACCUGCAUAACUCUAACCAACAAUCAAACGACCUUUAAGUUCAUUUCGUUGUUUUGUUUUGCAUGGUUGUUGAAAGAUAGGGGAAAGUUUGUGCUCAGAUAAGUAAAGAUGGAUUAUGUUAAUUUUCAUGAAAUGAUAUGUCCACAAUUUCCUCCUUGUUGUAGAACACAAUAAAAGGAUAUGAGACAUUUUAUUUUGAGGGACAGAAUGUAUCUAGCAAUCAUCUUUGUAUUAAAAAUAUUAGUUUGAUCCACAGAGUUGAUGAAGCGUGAAUAAAAUACUUGAGAGAA